AGAUUUUAUGUUGGUCAUACUGUAUGAUUCUGCGACAUUCUGAUUAGCCACCGUAUUUUAGAUUGCUUGUUAUUCCGAUUUUAAUGGCGGCUCACAUAGAGUUAAUGUCAUUAAUGUUGUAUAUAACAUAAUGUAGACUAGGACUGUUCUUUUACAUUUCUGAAGUUACUAACGCGUUUAGGCGGCACAUUUUAAAAAUAAUUUAAACGUAUAAUUUUAUUUCAAUUUUAAUUUUAUAAUAAUUUUUAAACUUUUUACUUUGUUGUAUAAUAUUAAAAAUAUUUCAAUAUCAGUCAAUUUUUCAGUAAUCAAUGGAUAGUGUUGCGUGUCCUUUAUGUUGUGAAGAUCGCUUUUCAAAUCAAGAUCUCCUAAAGUAUCACCUUUUGAGCUUGACAACAAACAUUCAAUGUCCUUUCUGUGGAAAACAAUGUGAUAACAUAAAUUCUUUAGUAGUGCAUUUGGACAAAAUGUGUUCGGAUAAACAGGAAGAUGUAGAUAAACAUAUUCCAGAUAAUGAAAUGAUUGUUGUAUACCCAGAUGAUGAAGAACAAGAUCUUGAAUAUGAUAACUUAGUUAAAGAGGAAAUUUAUCAGAACGAUGAACAUCCAUCUGAUACUGAACCAAGAGAAGUAAAAAAAUUUAUUGAAGAAUUUACUGUUCGUGAAGCAACAAAAACUGCAAGAUCUGUAGUAGAAAAUGUAUGUACAGAAGAAGUAAAUUUAUAUCACUGUUCAGAGUGCAAUAUCAAUUUCCCUUCGAUUCAAGAUCACAUAAAUAGUUGUCACAAAGGACAAGAAGUAGUUUUUCAGGUCUCAGCAAAUGAAGAUGCAACUAAUUUAAAAGAUAUGGCCAAUUUAAUUGAAAAACAAGAUCCAUUACUAGGAACUUGGAUUAAAUGGGGAAAUGGACAUUUUUUUACUAAUCAGAAAGAAUUAGUAGGAGGUAAUUUAAAUGAACAAUUAUCAACCUUAACUGAUGAACCUGAAGACUUUAAUAAAGAAAUUAAAGAACAAAAAAUUAAUGAAUUGAAUAGUCACCCACUUGAUAAAAUUUAUUCAGAUCAUUGCAUAACAGAUGCAUAUGGUGAUCGUUAUUAUGAUACCCCUAUUUAUAAACUUCAUCAAGCGUCAGAUGCAGUUAAUGAUUACUUUCAAGUUGAAGCACGCAAACUUAGUUUUAAAAAACGUAUUCGCCUUAUUAGGUUAAAAUCUAAGACCGACUGCUUUCAAAUUGAACAAAUAUUAUUUCAAAGCAAACCAUCUAACAUUAAAGUUAUUCCUAUAUUAGAAAAAGCAUCAGAAUUAAAUGAUAUUGUACAAAUAGAAAAUACUGAUGGUUGUUUGCUUUUAAGUUGGAAAUGUAUUAAUUGUAAUACUAAAUCAGAUCACUGGUCCAAACUUAAUAAGCAUUUCUGUAAAUAUGAUGAACCUGUAACACCUAAAGCCAAAAAAAGUAUAGAAUCUAAAAAUUCAGUGGUUAAAAAUAAUCGUACCACUACUAAUAAUCGGUCACAACACAUUUGUCCUCAUUGCAAUGGAGAAUUUGAUUCGGAAGGCUAUUUGAGAACACAUCUUAUGGUUCAUGUAAAUGAUUCAAACAAGUGUCCAUUUUGUGAUCAGCCUGUAGCCCCAGAAAUGAUGGAUACACAUUUGAUAGCCCAUCAAAAUCCGGAAUUUUCAAAUUUAAAAUUUUUAUGCAAUAUAUGCAAUAAAUGUUAUGAUUCAGAAUUUCGUCUUCAAUGUCACCAAAAAGCACACGAAAUGCGCCGAAAACCACGAGAAAUUCUUAUAUGUGAUAUUUGUAAUGCUCAAUUUAAUGAUAAAAAUUCUUUAAAACAUCACGCAAUUACACAUAUAGAACCACCAGAGCGUUUACGCCGACUACAUGAAUGUAGAUUUUGUAAAAAAACUUUUGUCAAGCCAAUCGAAAAAGUAAAUCAUGAAAGAGUGCAUACUGGAGAGAAACCAUUUGCAUGUCCUGUUUGUGGGCGCUGCUUUAGGUUAAAAGAUCUUGUUCAAAAACAUAUGCGAGUCCAUACUAAAGAGCGACCUUAUAAAUGUCGUCAUGAAGGAUGUGAAAAAACCUUUAGUGCUUCAAGUAGCCGUGUUAAUCAUGAACAAGGUCACUCUGGCAUAAAACAAUUUAAAUGCUUUUAUUGUCCUAGAUAUUUUAAAAAUUGGGUGUCUAGAAGUAACCAUGUACAGGAACACAUGGUUCAACAUACCUGUGAUGUGUGUGAUCGAUCUUUUGUAUCAUUUUGCAAUUAUAAAAAACAUUUGAAAAUGCAUGAAGAAGGUAGACUUAAAUUUAAGUGUAUGAUGUGCCGCCAAGCUUUUGGCAGACAAUUAUUUUUGGAUACCCAUCUUGCUAAAGACCAUCAAAUGAAAUCUCAUAAAGGACAUGUAUCAACUAUAUAAAUUCUGUAAAUAAUUUCUGAAAAUAUAAUUUUUGGAUUUAGACUCAAAAGAGUAACUAUAACAUUUGUAUAUAACAUUCAAUUAAAUAAAUUACCAUUAAAAAAUUAAAAGCUUAUUUAAAAAAGUAA